GGGCUGUCCCGCUUCGCUCUCCUCCCCGCCGAGCAUCGCCGGCUCGGAGCCGCGGCUGCGGCGCGGAGAGCGGCGUGGAGGAUGCGCUGGGCGCAGAGGCUGCGCUGAGCAGGGGGAAGCGGCGCGAUCGCAGCACAGAUGCAUCACACCAAGCUUCCAGAUGAGAGGACAAGACUAUGAAUGAAGAGUGUCCUGGAGGCUGCCUGCAGAUCUUUUCCUGGGUCAGAACUGGAGUGAUCUGAGCACAUUAAUUAUGAGGCUGACAUGUAUGUUCUCCUUCAUCUUGCUGUUUGGAGCAGCUGGGCUGGUUGUCUUCAUUCACCUGCAGGAUCCAGAAGAAAUAGUUCAUCAGCAGACCCCAGGGAUAAAAUAUAACAUGGGAUUCCAGCAACCAAAAAAACAGGACUGCGUUCCCAGCCAGGAGGGCAGAUUGAGAGGGAGCACUGCAGAGGGAGCAGCAGUGGCAGAGCAGAGCGAUUCCCUGCCCCUGCCUGAAGAUGUGCCCACUAAGCUGCACAGCACGGACACAAGGCACAGCAGCCUGAUGAUGAUGAUGAAAGACCAACAGAAGGGGGAAGAAAUCAGCCCCAUCAGGCUCCAUAAACGGAGAAGGAGAUUUAUCAUCAAGAAGAGCCCAAUCCUGAUCUCCAUGAACAGCUCUGUUCCCAACCUGCCCACGCUCAGGUCUGAGGACAGAGACAACAGCAAGUGGAGAAGCCUCUACGAGACCCAGAGGGAACGAAAGCGGAUCAUGAGGGAAACCUGCUCCAAGUACAAGAGUAACAGCAGGAGGAUAAUCACCCCCUACCAUGUCUCCAGGAUCUUUGUGGCAGACAAGUACAGAGUGCUGUACUGCGAGGUGCCGAAGGCUGGCUGCUCCAACUGGAAGCGUGUGCUGAUGGUUCUGAACGGGCUGGCUGCCUCCACCAAGGACAUCCAGCACAACACAGUGCACUACGGCAACUACCUGAAGAGGCUGGAUGGGUUUGACCACCAAGGCAUCUACCACAGGCUCAACACCUACACAAAGAUGCUCUUCGUCCGAGAGCCUUUCGAGAAGCUGGUGUCUGCCUUCCGGGACAAGUUUGAGCACCCCAACAACUACUACCACCCGGUGUUUGGCAAGGCCAUCAUCUCCAGGUACCGCCCCAACGCCACCAGAGAAGCGCUAAGGACAGGCUCUGGGGUCACAUUCAAAGAGUUCAUCCAGUACCUCCUGGAUGUGCACAGGCCAGUGGGGAUGGACAUCCACUGGGACCACGUCAACAGGCUCUGCAGCCCCUGCUUGAUAGACUACGACUUCGUGGGGAAAUUCGAGAGCAUGGAAGAGGAUGCAAACUUCUUCCUGCACUUAAUUGGUGCUCCGCAAAACCUGACCUUCCCCAAGUUCAAAGACAGGCACUCCACUGAAGAAAGAACUACUACUAAAAUCACACAGCAGUAUUUUGCACAGCUCUCUCCUGCUCAGCGCCAGCGAAGCUACGACUUCUACUACAUGGAUUACUUGAUGUUUAACUACUCAAAACCCUUUGAAGAUUUGUAUUGAUUUGAGAGCUGGGACCUUUCCUGUCGCUUCAGUAGGACUGCAGGACAAAGCCAGGUGGCUUCUGUUUGUAUAUACUCGUCUGGUAGUAAGCAGUCGGUGGAAGAGCAGGAAAGAAACCAAGACAGAAGAUAAAUGGCUCGUGAUGUUUACACCUUCACCUUAAUUGCCUCCUUUUUCAGAUCAUAUUUUUUCUAUGAUUUCUCCAUAUUAAUAUAUGUACAUAGAUGUAGGAUAUGGCAGGGCUCCCAAAU